GGUUUUAUUUACAUACAUAUUUCUCAACAUGUGCGGGAUAUUUUGCACAAUAUCUUUAAACAGCCAAAUAAAUUUUUGGAAAAUGUAUAAUUCACUCAAAUUAACUAUGAAAAAGCGAGGACCAGACGCGCAUAACGAGAUAUUAUUGAAUCAUGAUGCUGGACUAAUAUUUUUCGCUGGUUUUGUACUAUGGCAACAGGGAGCAAAUUUGGAAAAACAACCAGUGGUUAAAAAUGAUUUUAUAAUAUUGUUUAAUGGAGAUUUAUAUAAUAUUCAAAAAUCAGUGUCUAUGUCAGAUACAACUUGGUUGGCGAACAGAAUUUCCGAAUGCUAUACCCAUGAAGAUCUAGUAUCCCUAGUCAAAGUGUUGCAAGGACCUUUUUGUUUAAUAAUUUAUAAUAAGCGCAAUCAAAUGUUAUACUUUGCACGUGAUACCCUAGGAAGAAAUUCAUUAAUUAUUGAACGCCAUCAUUCUGGGUUAAAUUUAUUAAGUACCUCUCGCCACUACGUCACAGAACAAAUAACUUCUAUUGAAUUGCCACCGUUGGGCCUCUAUCAAUUACGAGUUAAUGAUUUAUCAUCGUGUGUAUUAUACCCAUGGCAACCAAUUAAUGAGUAUACGGGACAUCUUAUUCAGGUCGUUGAUCUGGCAUUAAAUUGGAAAACAGAAGUAAAAAAAAGCAUAUCUCCUUCUUGGCUAUUAGGUAACGAAACUCCAUUGAACUACAGUUUUUAUAAUUAUGAGUAUAUCGACAAUUUCAAAACACUCUGUGAUAACAUGAUAAUUCAGCCUCAAAUUAAAAUUGCACUUGACAAACUAGAUAAACUUCUUUGUGCUUCUGUCGAUGCUCGUAUUAAAAGUAAGCCCCCAUUUUGCUCUAUUUGCCUAAAACAUAAAUCAAAUGAAUGCAGACAUGCUAAGAUUUGUAUUUUAUUUUCUGGCGGAAUCGAUUGUACUAUUUUGGCGUUGAUAUCUCAUAAAUUACUUCCAAUAGAAGAACCAAUAGAGCUUAUAAAUGUUGCAUUUGAAUAUAACUUAAAAACAAGUAAUCUUGAGCAAGCUUGGAAUGUUCCGGACCGCAAAACUUGUUUAAAAUCUGUCGAUGAGUUAAAACGCAUUUGUCCAGGACGGUGCUGGACCCUCUUGGAAGUUAAUGUAACUCGGUUGGAAUUAGCAAGAAUCCUUUCUUCACAUAUUAAAAACCUAAUAUAUCCACUUCAAAAGAUAUUAGAUGAGAGUUUAGGGUGUGCCUUUUGGUUCGCAUCGCAUUCUUCUAGUUCAACUUCUAGAGUUGCUAUUAUAGGAAGCGGAGCCGAUGAAUUAUUUGGUGGUUACACUCGUCAUCGUAACUCUUAUAUUCGUUGUCAUGGUGAGGAAUCCAUCCGACAUAAUGCUGUUAAAAGAGAACUUGAUGUAGACUGGCAACGAUUACCAGCCCGUAAUUUAGCCAGAGAUGAUCGUGUAAUUGCAGAUAACGGAAAAACAGCUCGUGCGCCAUUUCUUGAAGAAAACUUUGUAGCAUUUGUAAGAUCUUUGGAACCAUAUCAAAAAUGUUGCUUUACUCUUCCCGAAGGUAUCGGCGACAAAUUGCUAUUAAGAUUGUAUGGAUACAGAAUGGGGCUAAAAGAAGUUGCAUUUUUUAAAAAAAAAGCUAUACAGUUUGGUUCCAGGAUUGCAAAUAAAAACAGAAAUGCAUCAGAAAAUUCAGAUAACUUGAUAUUUACAUAACUUAAAUUUAAUUGUAAUAAACUACUAAAUGAUGACCUUCUCUUUGUUGAAAGUGAACAAAUAACAAUUUUUGUUCAAUUAUAUUUGAACAAAAAAAAUUUUCAAUUAUAUUUAUUAAAAUAAAUAUAUUUAUUAUGUAUAAUUUCACCGCUUGUACUCGAAACAACUAUAAACAACAAAAAUUUGAAUCACCAAUAAAAUAGUUUUGCAAAAAUUUAUCAUCAGUGACAAUAAUAACCGGUUCUAUGAUUAAUCUAGCUAGAAUCUCUUUCGUGUUUAGGGGUAUGUUGCAUAAAAAUUUUUAAAAUUUGACAAAUUAUUUAAACGAUGUUAUAAAAUUACAUAUAUAAUAUAAUCAUUUGGCUCCUCUUAUUAAAUGUAAUACGCAUCAGUAAAACCAAACGGACUUGACUGAGUACCUAUUCGUCUUCUGAGCAGGGACCGUAAAUAGUAAGUUUUACCCUCUUACAGAGGGUAUUAUAAUUUUGGUCAAACGUGUGCAACACUGUGAAGAAGACACCUCCGUAUCGACACCCUAUAAAGUAUAUAUAUUCUUGAUCAGGAUCACCUCCUGAGCAUGUCCGUCUGCCUGUUUCUAGUCUUUCUAGUCUCUAGCAAACUAGUCUUUCAGUUUUAAAGCUAACGACUUAAAACUUUGCACACACCCUUUUUUUCUAUCCACCCAGUGUAUAAGUCGGAACGACUAUACCCUAUCCUAGAUCGGCUAACAUAUAACUGAUUGAUCGGAAAUGCUAUAACUGUAGCUUUUUUUAGAGUUAGAAACUUCGGA